UAUCAAUUUCACUCGAGCUGCGUCGUCGCCAUUUUCACCCGGCUGCAGACGUGCGCAUGUAACAAACCCUUCCAACGGCGCCUGCGGAAAAUUCACCAACGUUUUUAAUUUUUCGCCUAUAUUUUCGUUUGCAUCUUCAUCUUCUAGACUGAGUCAGACGACUGGGUCGGGGCAGCUGAACUCAAAACGGAAAACACGAUGUCUGAAAACGAAGGCAAAAUGUCGACUGAGGCCAAGCAAGAGAAACAAGGCCAAGGGAAUGCAGUGAAUGGAAAGUCCAACCAUGAAUCCAGAAAGGAGAGACCCCAGAAACGUGGUGGCGGGGGAAGAUUUGAGCCCUAUGGAAACCCAAACAAAAGAUACCGCGUGUUUGUCAGCAACAUUCCUUACGAUGUUAAAUGGCAAACGCUGAAAGAUCUCAUGAAGGAAAAAGGUAAGGGUUUAAGUCGUUUUACAGGGCCACUUUAAUUAGCCACGAAUCUAAAAGGUGGUCACGAGUUGGCUUUGUAAGAGACGUAUGUAGGAUUGAGGAUAAAUAUCCCAUCAUGGGGAAGUUGUCUCGAGGCUGUUUGAAAAAUCACAAUUGUGGUCCAAGUAGGUAAUGUGGUCAUCUUUGUAGGGUGCCUACAAAAAAAGUGACUGGAUAACGUGCACAAAGUUGUUUUUCAUAAGCACAUAUUACAUAGUACAUUUGGUGCCAUGCAUUGGUCUCUUUGGCUUUUGGAUAACCCAGUUACAGUUUAUGCACUUUGCAGAUGCUUUUAUCAGUAUGUGUGUGGGUUCAAACCCAUGACAUUUGAGUUGCUAACGCAAUACUCUACUAAUUCAGCUAGAUAAUCCUUGUUGGUUAGAAUUUAAGUACUUAUGGGUCACAUUUUGUAUUUAGUCAUGUAUAUUAUUUAUAAGAUCCACUUUAAGGUGUAAAUAUUUAGUAGUGCCCUCUACUAAAGGAUUCCUCCAUGCCAUUCCUAUGCAUGGGAAUUUCAUGUGGAAAUUGUGCUUGUGUAGAAUUAAAUUGCAUUUUCUUUUUUAGGUUUGCAAGAGUGAAUGUUGUUGCUGCAGAUCUUCAUUAUUGUGCCUUUAAAUGGAAGUGUGAUUGAUUUUUGGGGGUACAGGUCUACAGAGUAAAGCAGCUUCUUAAGAUGGUCCUUGUUUUAUCUUCUGGACAGGAGAAUUGGAAGGAUGGCUCUUAGAGUAGUUUUCGAAAAACCUACCGGUGGAUAACGGACCUGAACGGGUUCAGAGCAUCAUAGUCCUUGACCAGCAGGAUUUUUUUUAUUUAUAUAUGAUCUGGUUUAUCGAGUCCACUUAAAAUUGAGUCACAAUGCCAAGUGAAUAGUUGGGCAGCCCAGAUGACUUCAUGUGGAUGAGAUUGAGGUUGCUGUAAUGUCUAACUCGUAACUUUUCCCCCUUUGGGUUUAGCCAUUUUUCUUCCAUAAUGCCACUUGGAUUAGGUGUGUCGACUGUGUACGGGAUAGAUAGACCAGUCAAAAACCAAAUGAAGUGUCUUUUUGUCCACUUCAUUGACUAGUUGAGAUGCUUUCAAAUCCGAUGGCUCACGAGGUCGUAAAUCUUUUGGUCAGUAUUGGAUGUUUGAGGUUUUCAGCAGGGACCGCUUAAGAAGUUUCACCUUAAAAUGUUCAAAGCUUGCUGCUUGUAGACCUGUACCAGAAUUUGUGGUGCUGUGGGAGGCUCUGGACUCGCAGACCGAGCUCACCGUCACCGUUCCGUUUGUUUCUUCUCUAAACCCCAAUUGUUUUCUCGGCUUCUCUCCCUUGGUGUGUGUCGUCUGGGAUCUGAUUUGUAGUGGGUGAGGUAACGUACGUGGAACACUUAAUGGACGCGGAAGGCAAGUCAAGGGUAAGUGCAAAGAGACGAACCUCCAUUUGUCCGCUUGAGUUUUUACAUUUACUCUGCUUUUAAUGUGGGAUGUCCAGGGUUGAGAGUUCAAAAUGUGUCGUCUUGGGUGGCAACAAAAACGGACGCCGAUUGUGGUUCUGAGCGGAACCACUGGGGUUGUUUCGCAGCUAAAUAGUUACGCUGUUUCUCGUGUGUCUCCUUUCAAGAGUCUUAGUGAGUGGUGUUCAAUAACAAAACAAGGUUAACAUUCGUUGAAAAGAUUUUAGUGAGAUAACAGCAAUGGAACAUCCGAACUUGAUUGUGUAAUUGGAACCGAAGGCCGGUUUGGGAAUUUUUUCCGAUCAGUGAUUUUGACUUUGAGCCUAUAAUGUAAUUCAGUGUAAACUAAGAUGUAAUUGUGUUGCAGUAAGUGGACACCACAUAGAUGUACUGUUGUUUAGUCAUUUAUCUUAUAUUUUAUAAUUUCCUGAGUUUUCACUGAAUGCAUUGCGAAUUUUGUCUAAUUUUGAAUUUGUUCCCCUUCUGUUUUUGUUUGGGCUGGCGUGCUGAAUAAACAAAGGGUUGUGCGGUGGUUGAGUUCAGAACUGAAGAGCUCAUGAAAAAAGCAGUGGAAAAAGUCAACAAACACGUCAUGAAUGGCCGUCCCCUCAAAGUUAAAGAGGAUCCAGAUGGAGUGAUUGCCCAGCGUGAAGCUCACCGGGCCCAGGGGGGAGGCGGUGGUGGACCCCCAGGUAUGGGUGGAGGCAUGGGAGGUGGAAUGGGCAUGGGUGGAGGUAUGGGCAUGGGUGGAGGAAUGGGUCCAGGGCCUGGAGGUCCACCCAUGGUCAACAUACCUCCCAGUCUCAUGAACAACCCCAACAUUCCCAACGAGAUCAUUCACGGGCUUCAGGCAGGAAAAAUCGGAAGCACCAUUUUCGUAGCCAAUCUGGACUACAAGGUUGGAUGGAAGAAGCUAAAGGAGGUGUUCGGAAUGGCCGGAGUCGUGGUGCGUGCCGACAUCCUGGAGGAUAAAGAUGGAAAGAGCAGAGGCAUGGGAACGGUCACGUUUGAAAUGCCAAUCGAAGCCGUUCAGGCAGUCUCUAUGUUCAAUGGGCAGCUCCUCUUCAACAGAGUCAUGCAUGUCAAACUGGAUGAGAAAUCCCUGCCUAAAGGUGACUUCGGACCCCCAGAGCGUCCACCAGCUCUUCCUCGUGGUCUGAGUGGCAUCGGCCUUGGUUUAGGACCUGGCGGUCAGCCCAUCGACGCUGCCCAACUCAACCGAGGUGGAAUGAACAACAUGGGACCAGGAGGUAUGGAUAAUUUUGGUGGUGGCGGCGGCGGUAUGAACAACAUGGAUCGUUUUGGACCCUCUGGAAUGGGGCGAAUGAAUGAUAUGGAUCGUGGCAUUGGUGGUGGCGGCGGAGGUUUUGAUAGGGAUUUCGGUGGCCGCACUGACAUGGGAAUGACGAGGAGCAACUUUGGAGACUCCUUUGACAGAGGAAUGGGAGGAGGUUCCAUGGGAAUGGAUCGGAUGAAUCCCGGCAUGGACCGUCUCAGCGGUGGAAUGGACCGCAUGGCCAGCCUAGACCGAAUGGGAAUGGAUCGCAUGGAUCGCGUUUCCGAUCUAGACCGGCUGGGUACCGGUUUCGACCGAAUGGGUGCAGGCAUGGACCGCCUUGGGCCCGGCAUGGACCGUUUGGGAUCAGGCCUCGACCGCAUGAGCUCCAGCCUCGGCCCCACCGGGUUCGACCGCCUCGGCUCGUCCAGCUUGGACCGCAUGAGCGGUGGUGGGAUGGACUUUGCCUCUCCUAUGGGCAUGGACAGGAUGAAUACGGGUCUAGACCGCAUGGGAACCAACUUCGACCGUAUGGGCACCGGAGCCCUCGACCGCUUUCCCUCCUCAGGUCUGGACCGAAUGGGUUCCGGCAUGGAUCGAAUGGGCGCCGGUGGCGUAGGAGGCCAGUUUGACAGACCUGCCGAUAUGGACCGCGGGAACUUCGGCACACCCUUCGGUGGAACCGGAAUCGGACAGGGAGGUGCAGGGGCUGGUGGACCCAACGCUAGGAAGGGCUGUCAGAUCUUUGUCAGAAAUCUGCCAUUUGACUUUUCAUGGAAGAUGUUAAAGGACACCUUUAACUCAUGUGGAGUCGUGCAGUACGCAGAUAUCAAGAUGGAGAACGGCAAAUCCAAGGGUUGCGGGGUGGUGCGUUUCGACAGCCCAGAGACCGCAGAGAGGGCCUGCCGUACAAUGAACGGUUACCGACUCAGCGGGCGAGAGAUCGACGUCAGGAUUGACAGGAAUGCGUAAUUCGUCUCCCACGUGUGAUUUGCCUCCAUCCCUCACCGUGCUUUCCAGAUUAUUUGUCAGUUAUGUAUUUGUAUGGGUGCCAAAUGGUGCACCUUUUAGUUUUGCUUAAGAUUUUAGAGACCAAAUUUAUUUUUUCCCCUUGAAUCCCUCACACUUUUUAUUGUAAUGCUUUUCAAGAAAAUGCCUUUGUUAAAGGUUUAAUAAAUCUCAACAAUGGGAACCUUA